UGCGCGGGGCGAUGACCUUUGCUCUCUCCAUCCGCGACACGGCGACGUACGCUCGCCAGAUGAUGUUCUCGACCACGCUCCUGAUCGUCUUCUUCACGGUGUGGAUCUGUGGCGGGGGCACCAUGCCCAUGCUCUCCUUCAUGAGUAUACCCGUGGGUGUCGACUCUGAUCAAGAAAACAGUUCUGCGGUGUUGGACGGGUCUCAGCGGAGGAACACUAAACAUGAGAGUGCCUGGCCUUUCAGGAUCUGGUAUACCUUUGACCACAACUACCUGAAGCCCCUCCUGACACACAGCGGCCCUCCUCUCACUGCCACGCUGCCAUCUUGUUGUGGACCACUGGCACGGUGCCUCACCAGUCCACAGGCCUAUGAGAACGAAGGUCGCCUCCACGACGACGACUCUGACUUUGUUCUCAACGACGCCAACGUGAGCUGCAUGUACGCCGACGUCACCGUCAGCACCGACGCAUCCGGAUCCCACACCAUCAACCGCAAGCGCUCGUCCACCGCCAGCACCGGGUGCGGCCCGACUGACGAGGGACUGGAUCAGGAUCUCGCGCUGGCGGAGCACGAAGUGGCGAUCAGGGGCACACGUCUGGUCCUGCCGAUGGACGACCCGGUGGAGCUGCCGACCACCGUCACGCUGCCCCCGCCGCCGUCCCCGCCUCACUCCGACCCUCGCAGGCACAGACUGUGAGAAGCCUCACACACUCAAAUCACCUGAACUGAAUUCACAAGAGAUCGACGUGUUAUUUGGUUUGUUUGGAUGUUUAAAAUGAACUGUUUUAAUUGUUCCUACUGUCUAACAUUUUUAAUAUUGUCUCGCCAUUUAGGUGGAUAACUUAAAUCUUCAAUGUGAAUGCACUACAUGUAAGUUAAGGUACUGUAAAUUACAAGCACCUGAAGUCUGUCGGCUUGCCUAUAAAUAUAAACCAUUUAAGGAGGCAGGAUAAGAGGAGAAGUUGUGUAGGGCUGCAACUAACAAUUAUUUUCAUAAUCGAUUCAUUAUUUGGUCUGUAUCUUGUUUUCUUCUCAAACUACAGGUUUUCAGUUUUAUGGAUUUCUUUUUUUAUGGAACAGAAAACAGAAAAAAUUCACAUUUAAGAAGCUGAGAAAUCACUCAAACUGAUUAAUCCCUUAUCAAAAUAGUUGACCAUGUGUUGCAGCUCUCCUCUCAAGUUUUUACUCCUGUGGCAAUAUGCCAUUUUUUUGUUUUAUCUGUGCUCCGUGUUGUCAGCCCUACACGGGUGUUUUAGAGCCUCAAAUAUGUCGACAAAGUGUAUUAGUCUAGAUUAAAUUAUAGAAAAGAUUAAGCAGUUUCCUGCAUUAAAUUCCUGACCGGCUUUCUAUUCAGCCACGACUCCACCAUCUGCUGUGAAUGAAAGUCUCUGUAAACAUGUUCACUUCCAUUCUUGUUAUCCGUAGUAGAAGUACUUGGAAAAAAAGAGUUGCAGAGGAGAGAGUCCGCUUCCUGUUUACAUCUGUGAUAUGUGGACGCAGAUAAUACUUCUGAUACGGAGCUCGAUACUUAUCUCUGAUAACACGAUAGUAUGGAUGUGGUUUAAACCGGUUCGAUAUGCAGGUUUCUCUGUGGCGAUAAAAUGUCCAGGAUCUGUUUAGCUUCUGUCAAAUAUUCUACAGUAGGUAGCGUUUUUACGGCAGUGUCAGCUAAACCCUGAGACUUCUCUCGUGGCUCAUGUUAACUCCAGUCAUUCGCUCAGUUGUCGCUUGUGUUAUAUUUUAUUUUUUUUGUCAAGCUAAAACAUGCUUUUCUUUAUGAGGCUAUGAACAAAAUGUUACCUUAUUUGGCUGGAGACGUUAAAAUAAAUGAAUUGAUUUUUAAAGACAAUAAUCUUUAAGUUGCAGUUGUAAACUACUGUAGAUACUCAAUGACCAAAACAUUGUCCAUCUUGCUCUUCAAUGUUAGCAUUGCCAACAUCUUCUCUUCAGUUAGUCUUUUUGGUGUAUUUAUUUAACACAACAUGAUUGGUUUGUGCGUGAUUUAUUUGUUUGUUUAUUUAUUUAUUUAUGUAUUGUUUUGCAAUGUAACAUAGACUGGUCAGUGGUGGGAGGUUGUCUUAUCGGCACUAAAUGAAGGUAUGUGGUGUAGCAGGGAGGUGGAUAUUCAUCAUUCCCGAAGUUUGUCCUUUUCUCAUACUGUAGCAAAAUGCUUCUACUUUAUACUUGGAAACGAGAGCUUCCGUCUUUGUGUGUGUUUGUGCGUGCGUGCACCUCUUAAGGCAUAAACACUGACCUUGUCAGGACCAGUAGUCCUCAUGGAGACCAAAACCUGGUCCUUAUGAGGCAGAAGGAACUGGUUAAGUUCAGGGCUAAGAUUUGAAUUGUGGUUGAGAUUAAGGUCAGGCAUUAGCUGGUUAUGGUUGAGGUGAGGGAUAACGAUUUGUUUGGGCUGUCCUAAUGAAUGGAAGUCAAUGCAAGUCCUUUAAAGCCAUGGUUCUCAAACUGGUACGUGUACGCAAGCUUCCUCUGGUGGUACUUGGAGUGGAGCUGAGGAAUUUCUGUGUGUGGAAAAUGACACGAACAACAAAAAAAUGUAAUAAUUAGUGUCACCUUAUCUCUGAAGUAUGUGAGGAUGAGAGAGAAAUAUCUUUUUGGGAAUAAAUCUGCCUCCUGUGAAAAGUCCAUAGCUGACUUUGCUCAGACUGUUUACGCCACUGUAUUUUAACGUGAGUGAUAACGAUGUUAUUUCAAGAGGUCAAUAUUUUCCUCAGGUGGUACUUGGUAUAAGAAGUUUGAGAACCACUGCUUUAAAGGAUAGCUAUGUGAUCCUGUGUGUGUGGCUGAUAUGGCCAAAUCUACUGAUGUGGAUUUUAGGGCUAAUAUAUGUUUCUGGAUUUUCUCACAUCAUCUGAAUUUGUUUCUUUCCUCAGAAACUGUUUAUUUUUUUUAUUUUUUUUCAUGUUGUAUCAUUAAAGAUGACUUUUGAGGGCUGGCUGAACUGUUUUAAAAUUUAAAAGUGCCUAUUCUGAAAUGAAAUCAUCUAUUGUAGAUGUGUAUAUAUUUGAUUUGCUUGUGUGCACAAUGAUGAUGUUUGUGUGUGUGUGUGUGUGUGUGUGUUUUAAUGACACAGAUGUCAAAUGUAUUCUCAGUUGGUCUCUACCUGCAUUUGACUGUUUGUUUUAUGUGUCCUGAAGAGUGAAAACUAAAAUAUUGUACUUACAUUAAUGGAAAAUGACACUCAAUAUUUUGGCUGCAGCUAUCAUUUUAUGAACAGCAUGUUUGUGAACAAAAAAAAAAGCAUAUACUGUAUGUGUGUGAUUCUUAAUUAGAAGGUGAAAUUGAAUUUUGACGAAGGGACAGGAAGUAGCAGAAUGUCUUUUGUUUAGAUUUUUUUUGUUGGCAACCACACUCAUCUACUCUGUCCCCCAUUUCACAUCCAAAUAACAUGUUUAUUUUGAUUGUGUUGUCAUCUUAAUCUUCAUGCAGUAUUUCGUAAUGAAUCCUAGAUCACAUUUACACUUGACUUAUUUUUUGUCCGUAUUUGACCCAUAAACAUUUUUGUUUAUAUAGAUUGAAGAAUCAGUUCUAAUCUUACACACACACACACACACACAAAAACUGUUUAAACAACAGUUGUGUAUGUGACAAUAGAUCUGUAUGUGAAUGUUUUUUUGUAAAUGUGAACUCAUGUUGAGGGGUAAAUGGAUCUCAGAUUUAACAGAUUUCCCCCCGUGUCGUCCUGAACUUACUAAUGUUGUAUCCUCAUUCAGACAUCUUGAGGUGACCUGGAAAUAAAUAAAACAAAAUCUUCCAUUUGA